AUGGAUGAAAGUCAAACACGUGAUAAAAUAAAAGUUUUAAAUGUUUUCCAAAAUGAAGAAAUAACAAACAAAUCACAAAUUUCCAAUAAAUUCGAGUUUGAAAAAGGAGUGAUAAGGAAUGCUAUUAUUUCACCAAAUUCAAGCAAAUCCAUAAAAAAUGAAAAAGAAAAAAUGAAAAAAAAUUGUAUAAUAUUUAGAGAACAAUGUGAAUAUUGUUUAACAGACUUUUCCAUAAGUGGUUAUUUAAUAUUAACAAAAGAAUCAUUAUUAUUUGAACCAGAUUUAAGAGAUAAACAUGUUAUUAAAAAUGGAAUAGGAACAUAUCAAAUUUUUAUUGAUUUAUAUGAUAUAUAUGAAUGUGCUCAUAUUGUCGUCCCAACAAAGUAUACUUAUCUUUAUAAUAAUGAUGAUACAUGUGGCUUUAUCCAAAUAUUGUUAAAAAGUAUAUAUAUAGAAGAAAGCAAACUUUUAGCAAAUAAAAAAAGUAAUAGUAAUGGUUAUUUUUAUACAAAUAUAAAUAACAAAGAAAAUAGUAAUAGUAGCUUAUUUAAUCCUACAUUUAAUAGUUUGAAUAAUAAUAACAAUAUAUACAAUUCAAAUAAUAAUUAUAAUGAUGAUUGUAAUAAACAAAAAGGAAUGUCUUAUUAUAAAUAUAUAAGUAAAAGUUUGUCUUAUAUGUUAAAUUUAGCCCAACCUUUAGUUCAAAAUACUCCAUUUAAAGGAUAUAAAAUUAAUCAAAUGAAUUCGACAAACAAUUCAACAAAUUUAACUAAACAUAUAACUCAUGACGAAAUAAAUAAUUAUAACAAAAUUGAAAUAGUAAAUGGAUCAUUUCAAGAAAUUAAUAAUCAAAAUGAACAAAUAAACAAAUCAAAAAGAAAUAGUUUUAUUCAUUUUGAUAUAUCAUCACCAAAAAAUAAUAUAAUUGAUCAUAUGCAUGAUAAUGAUUUAAAAAUAUAUCAAAAUAUAAAUGAAAUUAAUUAUAGUAAAGUUAUUUCAUCGCAUCCAAAUAUAACAUAUAAAAAUAAUUUCAAUGCAGGUAAUUAUUCUAGCUGUAAUUUUAAAGGUGAUAAUAAUUCAAAUAUUUUUAGUAAAUCUAAAAAAAAUUCAUAUCCCUUUAUAAAAAAAAAUAAUUUUUUACAAAAAAACGAAAAUACAUAUUCAGGAAAAAAAACGAUUCCCAAUGAAAACGUUAUUAAAAAUAAUAUACUUACUCAAUUGAAUUUACAAAAUUCUAAUAAAAUAAAUACUAAAUUAAAUGAUGAAAACAGAGAAAAAUAUAAAUUAGAUAUUGAUAAUACUAAUAUAGAAAAAAAAAAAACAAAUACAAUUAUUCAAAAUGGUGAAUUUAACAAUUUUGAUGAAUCUAGUUAUGUAUAUCUAGAUCAAAUAAAAAGAGAAGAUAUCAAUAAUUUAAUAAAUGAUAAUACAAAUUCGUACAUAAAACAAUCUGAAAAUGUAACAGAAGUGUUUCCAAAACAAUUUAUAGCUAAAACCUCAGACGGAAUUACAUAUAAUAAUGAGCAAGGAAACAAAAUUAUAAAAAUAAAAUCAUUACAAAGGCAUAUAGAAAAUGAUGAAUCACAUAAAAAAGGAAGUAAAAAAUAUGAAGAAAAAUGUUUUAUUUUAUUUCGAUUUUUUAAUAAUAAUACAGCAUAUGAUACAACAACAAAAAUAAUCACAGAAAUUGAUAAUGUAAAAAAGUCAGAAAAUAAAAUUAAAAAAACAAUAACAUCAGUACCAUUUACAUCAAAUAAGUUAUUAAAAUGUAUAAUUAAACAAUCCUUAAUAUAUCAAGAAUCGACUGAUUUAAAACAACAAAGUUUAACAUCAAGUUUAAUGAACGAUAUUAAAGAUUUUAAAUCUUUAGCAUUGGAACCUAAAUUAGAAUAUGUUAAUGAUGCUGUCAAAUUAUUAACAAAAGAUAUUUCUAAACAAAUUAAUUAUUAUUUGCCACCGACAUUAAGUAUUAAAGUUUGGAAACUAGCCUUUUGCUCCAGUAUACAUGGUGUAUCCUUUAAAACAUUAUAUAGAAGUGUUGCGAAUAAAGGUAGCAUUAUUUUAUUAAUAUCUGAUAUGAAUAAUGUUUUAUUUGGAUGUUUUCUUGACAAAUUGCAAUGCGAUACUUGUUAUUAUGGUUCGGGAGAAAAUUUCCUUUUUACUUUCAAGGAAAAAUUACAUAAUACAAAUUAUGAAAAUGGUAAAAAAAAUAUGCAAAACAAAACUAGUAUAAACUAUUACAAUCCCAACAUUUUCGAAACAAACACAGAGAAUUUGAACAUGUCAAACGAGACAUUCAAAAAAGAAGACGAAAAAAGUGAAAAAGAGGAUGUUCAAACAAUGUCAAUAACAAAAGAGGAUGAAAAAAAUAAAGUCCCUAUAAAAAGUGAUUAUAUAAUUGAUCCAGAUUGUUCUGAACAUGAAAAAACUACAUUAGUUAAUAAACUAAAUACACAAUAUGAAGGAAAUUUAGAUGAAUUAACUAAAAAUGAUUUAAAUCAAGAAAUACAACAAAAUGAUAUUAUUGAAUAUGAUAACAAAUCAAAAAAUCAAACACAUUAUUAUGAUUUCAAAAUAAACAAUAAUAAUGAUAAUAAUAAAAAUGACACUACUAAUAGUAGUAAUAGUUCUAGCGAUAGUUAUGAAACUAAUAAUUUUUUUCCGAAAAAUAAAAAAAAUUCAAUUGAUAAUAAAUUUAUUUGUGAUAUAAUAAAUGAAAAAAAUAAUGAAUUUUACAAAAAAAAUAAUAAUAACAAAUUUGGAAUAAAUGAAAAAGAAAAUAAAGUUAAUGACACACCAUCUAUUCAAGUUUAUAAUUGGACGACACGAAAUAAUUAUUAUGUUUAUUCAGAUGAAAGGUCUAUAACAAUAGGAGGUGGUGAUAAUUAUGCAUUAGUCAUUAAUGAUGAUCUAUGUAAAGGUCAAACAAACAAAAGUACCACAUAUGAUAACGAUUUAUUAACAUAUGAUGAAGAAUUUGAAAUACAAUUUUUACAAUUAUGGAUUUUUGAUGACACAUAA